AUGGUUAUCUCCUCUCUGCUGUCUCUAGGGGUGCGGCCGUCGCCGCCUUUUCUCGCCGCCGCCUGCUGCUACGUCUCGGUGUACACUUCGCAUUUGCCGCCUCAGGCGCUCGUGCUGAUCGCCUAUAACAUCUCCCGUGUUCUCUCCGCGGCUCCAACUCGUCGCGCGUUCGCGCCUCUGGUGCAUGCGGAAUCGGCGUCGCCUGAGGAAGAGGAGCUCGCCAGUGAUGCUGGCGUCUUCCGCCUUCUGCUCACGCCGUCAAUAUCGCUUUCCUAUGGCUACUCUGGGCCGUCUGCGCGCGCGACGCCGGACGUGGGUACGUCGUUUUCUCACCGCUGCCCACCGGCGAGUUCAUCGACCAGCGGUGCCUCUGGCUCCUCUCUCUCGCGUGUGCCUCGCGCGCCGUCUUCUCUCGCUCCCUCCUCAGCCAUGUCUCCUCCACCUGACGACCCCCGAGAGAUCCGCUUCGUCUCGCCGCUGCAGCUUCUUGUCGCCGCGCUGAUCAGCGGCAUGGAGGCGAAGAGCGCCAGACUCAAAGCGGUUGACUGGUGCUGCGGGCUCCAGGCGCUGGAAAGCCUGCUCCCGUUGGCAUCUGCCCCCGCCAGCGCACAAGGCGCGCUUCGUGCGUCCUGGCCUCCUGUGCGAACCACGCCUAGCGGCGCAGGACAUCCUGGGCAUGCGCCGCGCAGCGCCGCCGCCUUGGAGGGUGAUGCCGCGGCCGGUGGGACCGGUGGUGCCUCCGCGCUCGAGCGUUCGUGGAGCUCCUCGUCUCCCUGCGGGUCUCACAGCGCCUCGCUCUCAACGGCUUCUUGUCCGCCGCCCGCGGCGACGGCGUCCAGAGAAGAUGUUUGGCCUGGCAGUCGCUCCUUCGGCGUUUCGCCUGUGAGCUGGGAUCUCCUCUGGACUGCGUCGGACUUGGCCGCUGGCGAGGCGGCGCUGCGCGGCGGGCUUGCGCCUUUGCUGGUGGAGUCGAGUGAGGAGUCGUCGUCAGAGCGGCUUCUGCGCGCUCUGCAGUCGCUACUGACGCUGCUCCCGCCCCAGGUCCACGGCCUGCCUGCGAACUCCCUCUCGAACACAGCUUUGGCUGUCGCGAGACUCCACAGAACCUGCGCCAGUCUGCUUGGCGCUCAUCCCUUCAGACGCCCCCCCUCCUCCAUGGACGUGUUGGAGGGCGGAACUGCUGACAUGCCGCGGCGCUCAACAGAUGGCCACGACAGAGUCUGUGGGAGCUUGAACGACAGACCAGGUCACGGGACAUGCGAAAGCGCUUGCGAUGGCGGCCUUCGAGUUUCCGUCUCUGCAACAUUAUCCGCUGUGUAUUCACAGCUGUGCCGGCGGACUCUCCAGGCGUGCCGGGAGAGGCGCGGCCUGCCGCCAGUCUCCUGUGUGAUUCUUCUCUCUUCCCUCGCAGACGGGUUGCGCACACUUCAGAAUGCUCCGUCGUCGAUUUCGCUCGCCACGGCGACGUCGGCCGUUCACCCGCUCUCCCUCGACGCGGCGUCUCCUUCCCAUUCUUUCCCCAGGGGGUUGCCCGAGGCGUCUUCCGCAGCUUCCACAGCAGAGAGCGGCCUCGAGGAGGAAGUGCUGGCUGUGUUCACCGCUGCUGCGCCUCACCUCCUUUCGCCGGCUGGAGUAUCCGCGGCGACGCCCUCGUCUCCCCCCGGUUUCGCUUCGUCCGCCCCAACGAGCACAGGGGCUGCGCUACCGCGGGCGAUUCUGCCUCGCGGCGGCUGCCACGCUGCGGCUGACGAGGACGCUUCCACGCCUCGGGGUCAGUCGCUCCGGCUCGCAUGGGAUCCGAAGCCGCGUGACCUCGUCGACCUCGUGGGCGCGCUGUCCUUCAUGCUGCUUCGGCGGCGCGCAGGGAGACAAGCAGUUGGCGAGCAGGAUCUCUGCAGCCUGGGGGCCUCGGGCGUGCUGCCUCCGAGCCCCUCACAGGCCGCCAGCAGCUUGCGGGAUCUGCAGCGCCUGCUGUCAGCUUGCACGACCCAUGUCCUGGAGGCUUUGCCCAGCGCGCCUCCGCGCGCGCCGUCUUCCUCUCCCUGUGGAUUCGUAGGUCGGCCCUCGAGCGAGUCUUUUGGGCGACAGCAGCGGCCUUUCCUGUCGGCUCGAGACUUGUCGACGAUCGCCCUGCAUCUCAGGCGGUGCGGCGCCCUCGCCCCCGAGCUCUUCCGGGGCUUCUCACGAUUCCUCGCUGAUCGAAGCGGGCACCGCCUCUUGUCUGGCACGGACUUCUGUUGCUUCCUCCACGCGCUGGUGUGUCUGGAGCUGCCCGCGGCGCCGCCCGCUCGAGAGCGCGAGCCGGAGGUGGCGCGUGAGACGCUAGGAGAAGCCAGAGGCGUGCGUGCGCUUUCCUCUGGCACGCAGCUCGCGCCGCCGAGUGGGCAGAGCAAGGCUGAAGGAGCUCCGAGUCCUGCGCAGGCGGAGAGGAGCAAGGCAGACGCUGCGUUGACGCGAGAGGCUGCGCGGGUCUCAGUCCACCUGCUCGACGGGGCUCUGCCAGCCACGAUUGCGAGCUUCGACUCGCGCGCCCUCUCCAGUUUCGCUCUGUGGCUCGGCCAGCACUUUCAGCUCCUGCAGCUGUACGACCUGACUGCUCCGCCUGCGCCCGUCUCUCUGGGCAGCCCGCGGAAAGCUCCCGCCUCUGGGUUCGCUGAGCCGAGCAGGGCGGCCGCGCCGGCCUCGGCUGCGUCCUCCUUUGCCGUGGCAGAGACGAGUGGACUCGCCAGCGUCGCCCACCGGUCCUCGCCGCCUACGCUCUCGCUACUCGCGACUCGAGGGCAGCUGGAGCGAUCGGCGGAUCUUCUCUUGAGGGAGGUCGGUCGACGAUGCGCCUCGUCGCCUCACCUCCUCCGCGACUCGCCUCGGCAUCUGGCCCCCUCUGAGCACUCACAAUCGUUUGAUUUGUUUCGCUCCAUUGUCGAUCCACAGUCUGGGUCGACGACCGCGUCUACGCCGCCGCUCUUCCAGGACGGGCGCUCCUACACUGCGUUGCUUUGUGGGAUUUGCAAACUGCCUCGGAGCAUCAUCACUUCGUCUCUUUGCUUGCCGGUCGCUACCGCUCCACGGAGUGGCGAGGCGCCAAGCGAAUCCUCCGCAGCCGCGGACGCGUCUUCGCACGCUGAUCCUGCAGCCGCAAGCUCCUCCCCUUGGAGGAGUCGUUCUUCGUCGUUCUCCGCUGCGCCGCCUGUCGAAGCAGCCGCGGGGAGCUGGAAUUUGACUCUCCAGCCUGUCCAGACGGGCAAUGCACGCACAGCCGACACCAGUGGCGAACCCCGUCUCUCUUCUGCUGUCCCGCCGCAUGGGGACUGGCCUGACGUUUUGCGUAUUCUGCUAGAUCCGAGUCGUGUCAAAGCCUUCUUGUCUUGUUCGCGGACAACAGAUGCUGAGUUUGCGGAUAUCCUUUGGGCCAUUCGCCAUUUGCCGCUUCUGCCUGUCGCGAACGCGCCGUCUUCGCUGCUGCUGCCCUCUACGCCGUCUCCGCCCUCUGUCCACGCUGUCUCACCUACUGCCUCCGCCGAAAAGGAUUCGCUCUUUUUCGGGCUGCCUGAGCUCCGCCAGAACCUGGUCGACAUUGCUCUACAGACUCUGGAGGGAGGCAAGGGCGCGACCGGCUGUUUGCCUCUGUCGUCCGCUUCUCGUCUGAAUCUCCGUUCCUCGCCUUCUGCUCAGCCGUCUCAGGCGCUCCCUCCAGUGCCGCGGGAGGUUUCGGCCCGCAUGGAGCGACUCCGCCAGGACCCAGAAAUCCUUUCGCGGGUGUUCUUCUACCUCGUCUCGCUGGGCGCAACAUCAGCGAGCGUCUUGGGAUUGUUUUACCCCGCUCUCCUCACUUGUCUGGCGUCGGUCUCUCGUACACAAGCUGUUGUCCCUGCCUCCCGAGGCUCGCAGCGGAACACGAUCGACGCAACGCUUCUCUCGCCGGCGAGCCUGAAGCUGACAGCGUGUAUCCUGUCGGCGCUGCGCGCCUUUCCGAGCUCCUCCCGUCUCCUGCGAGAGCAGAAAGUGGCCCUGUGCGCCGCAGCCUUGUCUUUCCUCACUGCGUCCUCUUCUAGCUUAUCCGCUUCUCUCGCGAGGGCGUCCGCCAGGGUUCCUGGUGCCUCUCAAGGUCUUUCAGAGAGACCUGACAGCCCCCCCGCGGGCUUGCUGGGUUCUGCAGAUUAUGGGCAAAUGGUUGAGGCGUCGCUCUCUGCGGCGGCGGAGCUUCGAGUCAACCAGCCAGCGGAGGCGAUCCACGCUCUCAGCGAGUCGUUUUUGGCUUGGGCUCUGACGCAAGCUUCCUCGAGGCCCCUAGGGACUUCGCAGGAGCGAGGGACAGAGGAACGAGGUGCCGCUGUAGCGCCGUGGGCUCCGCUGGCGGUUCGCUGCGCAGUGGCACUUCGUUCCCUCGACUUCCCCUCCGCUUCGUUCCUCCUGCGCCUUCUGCCGCCUCUUGUGGACUCGCUUUCGGCUCCCCUGGGGGCCGUUUCCGAAGGCUCAAAGCGGCGUCAGGCAGCCCUGAGAGACCGAGUCUCGCAGGCAGCCUGCGCGGGCUUCGCGCCUGCGCGACAGCUAGGUACCGGGCUUCUUCACUCUCCCGAGUCUUCGGCGGCUCUAUCACGCGCAGCGGCUUUCUCCCAGCUGUCGCAGCUGCUUCUCUGCGUGGUGUGUGCGGCGGGGAGUCAUGUGCAGCGCGAGGCAGAGCGGCGAGAGAAGCGCCAGAGGGGAGAGGGCGGGCAAGAAAACGCAGAGCGCAGCCCGUACGGCUGCCGAGACUCCAGUCUCGUCCGGGAGCUCUACUUCGGGAAAGCGACUCGCGAACUGCUUCGCACGCUUCUGAUCCUCUACCGAAGUCCCCAAGGCGCCCACGCAAGUGAAAGUCAACGACGACUCGACUUCCUCUCCAUCCUCCACAUCCUCAAAGAUGCCCUGUUACUCGCCCUUCCUCUCGAAGCUGGACCUCUGCGGCUGAUGCAUGCCCUCAGCACGGAGGUUGCCAGCGGCGGCGGCAGCCUGGACCCGUCACUUCGCGAGGCAUUGCCAAGCGCCGCAGGACGCAGCGCACGAGAGGACGGGGAACGAGCGAGCGCCUCACAAGACGAGAAAGUUGCGUAUGCGGAGCUAUGGGACUUAGAGGCCUGUACGGCGGGAAGCAGCGCGGAGAGGCCCGAGAGCAGCGUGCUUCACAAGGAAGUCCUGACGGUCACGCAGCGGCUUCUGCACCACGGGCAGUUGCCUCUCGAAGCGGGCACCAAGGGGACGUCGUUUCGUAGGGCAGACGGAGAGCGUUCAAGCGGCGUCCACUCAAUUCAGUGGAGCUUGGAGAACGCCCAGAGGCCACAGGAUGGAGACUGCGACGCCGACUGGAAAAUCGUCUCCGAACACCGGCUCGGGCGGCUCUACUACCUAGACAUCCUCAUCAGUCGACGCACCGGCGUGUGA